ACGACUGUACGCGUAAUACAUUAUUUUAUUUCUCAAGAUGUCGGUGUACGGACCCGUGGUGAAAAUUCACCCUGUCGUUCUCGCCUCCAUCGGUGACUCAUACGAACGGAGAAAUGAGGGAGCGAGUCGUGUGAUCGGAACUUUGCUUGGUACCAUUGACAAGCACUCUGUUGAGGUCACCAACUGUUUCUCUGUCCCCCAUAAUGAGUCUGAAGAUGAGGUUGCUGUGGACAUGGAGUUUGCCAAGAACAUGUAUGAGCUCCAUAAGAGGGUGUCACCCAGCGAGGUCAUCAUCGGAUGGUAUGCCACAGGCUUUGAGAUCACGGAACACUCUGUGCUAAUCCAUGAGUAUUACAGCCGAGAGGCCACAAACCCCAUUCACCUGACCAUGGACACCGCCCUGCAGAGUGGCAAGAUGAACAUCCGCGCCUACGUGAGUGCCCAGAUGGGUGUGCCGGGAAAGACAGUCGGUGUGAUGUUCACCCCUCUGAGUGUGAAAUACAAGUAUUAUGACACAGAGAGGAUAGGCGUUGACCUUCUCCAGAGGACGAGAGAUGCUCCUAACACCACCAACGGGCUGACCUCUGACCUCUGCCAGGUGGGCGGGGCUGCUGGCCGGGUUCAGGACAUGCUGGCCACGGUACUGACCUACAUCGAGGAUGUGUUGUCUGGUAAGCAGACAGCGGAUAACAGUGUUGGACGUUACCUGAUGGAUCUUGUCAACAAGGUUCCUAAGAUCUCAGCAGAGGACUUUGAGACCAUGCUCAACUCCAACAUCAAUGACCUGUUGAUGGUGACCUAUCUAUCGAAUCUGACUCAAGCACAGAUCGCCCUGAAUGAAAAAAUUGUGGUACUCUGAGCAUUGAGGGAUUGGGGUUGUUUAUUUCUGAUUUUUUUUUUGGAGUGGUAUUUAAUUUUUGGGUCUAUAUUCUUAAGCUCAAAUUAAUAAAGGUGUUAUAACAGUA